UUGAGAACAAAUUUUUUUAAUACAAUUGGAUAUAAUGAUAAUUUGAUAAAUACACCAAGAAAUCACCCUGAAUCAUCCACAGAAUGCAACAGGUUUUGUGCCUUUUUGAGAAAGAAUAAUUUUCUUAAUCCAACAAUUAUAAAAUCUAAUUUUGAAGGUCUUGGUAGAGAAUCUAAAUUAAGUGAUCAAUUAAAAGAUUUUACCAAUUUAGCAAAAAAAGCUAGACAAGAUUAUAUUAUUGAAGUAUUUAGUAGAAAAAAUAAAAAUUCAUUAUCUCAAUGUAUUCCAGUAACCCAACAAGAAGAGAAUGAAUUAAGAUUUACUCGUGUAGAAAUUCUAAAAAGAAUAGAACAGCUUCUUAAUCAAGUUGACAAUAAUAUCAAUUUAAAAUAUAGUACAAUAGUUUCUAAAAAGAAAA